GGACGCGUAAUCGGUGGGCAGAUUAUGGUGCGACAGGAGGAGAGUGAGGCUGCUAGCAGAAACUGGCUCCGGGUAUAAGGCGAGCCGACGGGAAAAGCUGCCUCAGUUGUGGCCGGGACACGAAUCCUUCACUUCAGGGAGGUGUAACGUUUAUUCACAAGACCUCUGCUAUCCAGCGACACGAUGUCUGCCAAAGCCAUAUCGGAGCAAACGGGGAAGGAGUUCUUGUACAAAUACAUCAGCACCUCGGCUGCCGUGCAGAACCGUUCCCGCUACGCUAACGUAACCCCAGAGACUGACUGGGGCCGUCUCACACAGGACCACCCAUGGCUGCUGACUGAACGGCUGGUGGUGAAGCCCGAUCAGCUGAUUAAACGGCGUGGGAAGCUGGGACUGGUGGGCAUCAACCUGGACCUGCAGGGAGUCAAAGAAUGGCUUAAAGGUCACCUUAUGAAAGAAACCACAGUGGGAAGGGCAAAAGGCGUGUUGAAGAACUUCCUGAUUGAGCCAUUUGUUCCACACACACAGGAUGAGGAGUUUUACGUGUGCAUCUACGCCACACGCGACGGCGAUCAAGUGCUUUUCCACCACGAGGGCGGCGUGGAGGUGGGUGACGUGGACGCCAAGGCCCAGAGGCUGAUGGUGGCGGUGGACGACAAACUGAGCGACGCCCAAGUCAAAGAGCAGCUCCUCACCCACGUGCCUGACGACAAGAAGGAUGUCCUGGCCAGUUUUAUUGUGGGGCUCUUCAACCUUUACGAGGACCUCUACUUCACCUACCUCGAGAUAAAUCCCCUUGUCCUUACAAAGGAUGGAGUGUAUGUCCUCGACAUGGCAGCCAAGAUUGACGCCACAGCAGAUUUUCUCUGCAAGACCAAGUGGGGGGAUGUGGAGUUUCCUCCGCCAUUUGGGAGAGAGGCAUACCCAGAGGAAGCCUACAUCGCCGAUCUGGAUGCAAAGAGUGGCGCCAGUCUGAAGCUGACUUUGCUGAACCCACAAGGCCGGAUCUGGACCAUGGUGGCUGGAGGAGGCGCCUCAGUGGUCUAUAGCGACACGAUCUGUGACUUGGGUGGAGUGGACGAGUUGGCCAACUACGGCGAGUACUCUGGUGCACCGAGUGAGCAGCAGACCUACGACUAUGCAAAAACCAUCCUUUCUCUAAUGACUCGUGAGAAACAUCCUCAAGGGAAAGUGCUGAUCAUAGGAGGAAGUAUUGCAAACUUCACCAACGUAGCAGCUACAUUUAAGGGCAUCGUCAGGGCCAUUAAAGAUUACCAAGGUCCUCUGAAGGAGCACGAGGUCACCAUAUUCGUGCGGCGUGGCGGGCCCAACUAUCAGGAAGGGCUGAGAGUAAUGGGGGAAGUGGGGAAGACCACAGGUAUACCUAUUCAUGUGUUUGGAACCGAGACCCACAUGACGGCCAUCGUCGGCAUGGCUCUGGGUCAUCGACCAAUCCCCAAUCUGCCUCCAGCGGCUGCCCACACCGCCAACUUUCUCCUCAAUGUCAGCAACAAUGCAGUGACUCCAGCUACAACAAGAACGGCUUCGUUCUCUGAACCCAAGACUACGAAUGACGUCGCCGCGCCCAUAAAGUCUUCAGCAGGUGUUCCAGCAGAGCCUCUUCAUUCUUUACUGUGGCCUCUGAGGAAUGUGGUCACAGGCGGUUGGAAAGAAGCUCAAGCUUCUUUGGGCUGCAGUGGAGCCAAAGCAACCACGCUGUUCAGCAAACACACCAAGGCCAUCGUCUGGGGCAUGCAGACACGAGCUGUGCAGGGAAUGCUGGAUUUUGACUACGUGUGUUCCCGAGACCAACCCUCUGUGGCUGCCAUCGUGUAUCCGUUCACUGGCGAUCACAAGCAGAAGUUCUACUGGGGCCACAAAGAGAUCCUGCUGCCCGUCUACAAGAACAUGGGCGACGCCAUGAAAAAGCACCCCGAGGUCGACGUGAUGAUCAGCUUCGCUUCGCUGCGUUCCGCUUACGACAGCACGCUGGAGGCCAUGCAGUUCCCGCAGAUUCACACAAUCGCCAUCAUCGCCGAGGGCAUCCCAGAGGCUCAGACCAGGAGGUUGAUAAAGAUCGCCGACGAGAAAGGCGUCACCAUCAUUGGGCCUGCCACGGUCGGCGGGAUCAAGCCGGGCUGCUUUAAGAUCGGCAACACGGGCGGCAUGCUAGACAACAUCCUGGCGUCCAAACUCUACCGUCCUGGGAGCGUGGCGUACGUGUCGCGCUCUGGAGGCAUGUCCAACGAGCUCAACAACAUCAUCUCACGCACCACAGAUGGCGUCUAUGAAGGCGUGGCCAUCGGAGGAGACAGAUAUCCAGGGACCACUUUCAUGGACCAUGUCCUCCGCUACGAGGACACCCCAGGGAUUAAGAUGAUCGUGGUGCUGGGAGAGAUCGGAGGCACAGAUGAGUACAAAAUCUGCCAGGGCGUCAAAGAGGGCAGGAUCACGAAACCCGUCGUGUGCUGGUGUAUCGGGACGUGUGCCACCAUGUUUGCUUCCGAGGUCCAGUUCGGCCAUGCGGGAGCUUGUGCCAACCAGGCCUCGGAGACGGCGGUGGCCAAGAACCAGGCUCUGAGGGAGGCUGGAGUUUUCGUACCAAAGAGCUUCGACGAGCUGGGAGACGUCAUCAAGACCGUUUAUGACAAACUGGUGGCCAGUGGCACAAUCAUUCCUGCGCAGGAAGUUCCUCCUCCAACUGUACCCAUGGAUUAUUCCUGGGCUCGGGAGUUGGGCCUGAUCCGUAAACCAGCCUCCUUCAUGACGAGCAUUUGUGACGAGCGAGGCCAGGAGCUCAUCUACGCCGGCAUGGGGAUCACUGAGGUGUUUAAAGAGGAGAUGGGCAUAGGAGGCGUACUGGGCCUGCUCUGGUUCCAGCGCAGGCUGCCGCGCUACGCCUGCCAGUUCAUCGAGAUGUGCCUGAUGGUGACCGCCGACCACGGGCCUGCCGUCUCCGGCGCUCACAACACCAUCGUCUGUGCUCGUGCCGGCAAAGACCUCAUCUCCAGCCUCACGUCUGGCCUGCUCACCAUCGGGGACCGCUUUGGAGGUGCUCUGGAUGCUGCAGCGAAGCAGUUCAGCAAGGCGUUCGACAGCGGCAUGCUGCCCAUGGAGUUCGUUAACAAGAUGAAGAAGGACGGCAAGCUGAUCAUGGGCAUUGGGCACAGGGUCAAAUCAAUCAACAAUCCAGACAUGCGAGUGCAGAUACUGAAGGACUUUGUUAAGCAACACUUCCCGUCGACCCAGCUGCUCGACUACGCACUAGAAGUGGAGAAGAUCACUACCUCCAAGAAACCCAACUUAAUCCUCAACGUAGAUGGAUUUAUUGGCGUUUCCUUCGUGGACCUGCUUAGAACGUGUGGAGGCUUCACGCGGGAUGAAGCGGACGAGUUUGUGGAAAUCGGCGCUCUGAAUGGGAUAUUUGUUCUCGGUCGCAGCAUGGGCUUUAUUGGGCAUUACCUGGACCAGAAGAGGCUGAAACAGGGCCUGUACCGCCACCCGUGGGACGACAUCUCCUACGUACUUCCUGAACACAUGUCCAUGUAAACAUCCGAUCAUGGCGCCUGCUUACAGGUGUGCCGGCUGGGACGCGUUGUCUCUGUUAACACGACUGUGGUCUCCGGUAACGACAGCUGCUGCUGCUGCUGAGGGUAGACAGGAAUCUUCUGGGAGCUUAAGGUAGUCGCCAUAUUGAGGGAUAUGGGUAGGCAUUUUAAUUUUACUUUUUGAGAAGGAAAAAGGAGAAGGACAUUUUUUAAGAUUUAGUUUUUGUUGAGAUAUUUAACAAAUUUAAACAUUUAACUUAUUCAUUUUUUUUUUGGGAGGGAGAGAAGGGUAAAGGCCGAACCAAUGCACAGUACAGAGAAAUCACUAGACACUUAAAAUCAAGUAAAAAAGGGUUUGAAUUUUUUGGGGGAUCUGAUUGAAAAGCAGCAUUUCCAUCCUGACUUGUGCAUCUUGCAGUCUGGAGCGUUAAGCUGCAUGAGCAGCUGCUAAUGUGAAUUCUGUUCCAGCUCAGCAAUACAAUUACGCUUCUUUUUUUUUAUACUAUUUCCACACAUCAACCAUCAUUCACUGUAAUUAAUUUGUCUGUGUCGGGCUUUCUUUCUUUUUUAAAAAGGGCUGAAUUGUUUCAGCUUUUUUGGGGGGGCUUUUUUUGACCUAUAGUUAGAAAUGUCUUUUUUUUUAUUUUAUUUUUUUUAUCCUCUCCAGAUUUGCCACCACUAUUCAAACCAAAGGUAAUUUUGCUCAAAUGUUUUUGUUAAAACAGUGCACAUGUAUCAUCUGUUAUGAAAAGUGAAACAUCACUCUAAAAAUAAGGGAAUUAAACAAGCGGGGUGUUGAAGCGUCAGCUCUGCCCGUUUCCUGGAAGAGAAACGUUUACAGCCCUGAUUUGUCCAUGAAUGGUUAAAUGUCCUCAGCUGAUGUGAAUUAGAUGCUUUUACUUGUGUUGCGGUUCUGAAUAACUUUGUUUUUAGUUUCCCCGGACAACUCUACACCUUACCGCUUUGUGACAGUUCAACAUGAAUGUCCCUUACAGGCGAGGGACAAUGAAAGCGGUUUGCCUUACUUGCGCAAGUUAAGUCCUGACCCGACCUGUAACGUUCUGUCACGGCUCGCUGUAACACCCGCUGUGUUUGGUCUUUAUUUGGCUUAUUUUAUUUAACUGUGAAAAGUGCUUUGUUUUUUGUAAUAUGCUGACACCUAGUAGUACAUUAAUAAAGAAAUUAUUU